CAUCAUCAACGCUCCUUGAAAAAGUAUUUUCGGCACCAGGUAUAGAUAAAAUGGCGGCGCCCAUGUGCAGAGCAGUACGCGAGAAAUCUCAGAAUUUUCUUCGGUUUCAUGUCUUCAAAAGACCAUUCUACACUGUGAAAUGCUAUUGCACCGAUACCGGAAAGCUUCAUAAAUCCGAUAAGAGCCUUUCCAAGAGUCUUUUCUGGCAGAACAUCCAAGCUCGUAAGGAUGAGGCAUCCAGGAGUAUUCUCGUCAGAUUGUCUGGGAAAACGUCCGAAGAGAGUCUACUGCAGUACUGUACCAGCCACGGCAAAGUGCAGCAUUACUUCACAUAUAGCCAGCAGCAGCACGAGCGUUAUGCACUGGUGGAGUUCAAGACAUCAGACGGCAUCGAUCUCAUCUUGGAUCGGGCCUACACGCCCAACUCCAACGGCCACGUCCAGUCACGAUUCCUCAGUUUCUCCGGGUCAAGCCAGGGCAGCGAUAAGGUGUCGACCUCACAGUGUCAGCAGGUCAACAAGGACAUCGGCUUUGCUGAACUUUACAAGGACCUCGCUGUAGCAGAAUCCGUCUCAGACCAGCUGGGCAUUCUUACGUCCAAGUUAGAGCUCAGGGAUCCGGAGACACGCCUUCGCUUCGUGGUCUGUUCUCUGAUUGAGGAGGCUUUCCAACAGAUCCUUCCCGACUGCUCCCUUCACCUCUUUGGCUCCUCUGUCAACAGCUUUGGACGCCGCAGCUGCGACAUGGACAUGUUCCUAGAGCGCAACACCGCGCAGGGAGUCGUGCCCAAGAAGAAAGGAAAAGGUCAAUACAAGCUAGGCUAUGACGGACCGUCCGCCGAGUCCGAGCGUGCUGCUGCACAGGCCACCCUCUUCACGCUAGCCUCCUUCCUGGAGAAACAAGUCCCCCACUGCAUGUCCGUGUCCAGGAUACUGCAGGCCAAGUGCCCCCUGGUCAAGUUCCGUCACUACGCCACGGGCCUGUCAUGUGACCUAACUGCAGACAACAGCAUCGCCCUGAAGAGCAGUGAACUCCUCUACGUCUUCAGUCAGCUGGAUCCCAGAGUGCGCCCUCUAGUGUUCAUGAUCCGCCACUGGGCGCGGCACCACGGCAUCACGAACCGCGCCCCCGGCUACUGGAUCACCAAUUUCCCCCUGACGUUAGUAGUGGUCUUCUUCCUGCAGACACGACCGCAGCCAGUCGUGCCGUCCUUUGAGUAUCUUCGUUCUCUUGCAGAUGAAUCAGACACCAGUGUUGUUGAUGGAACUGACUGCACUAUUCCUGGAGACCUCAGUAAAGUUGAACCAUCACAGAACACACAGACCACAGCGGAGCUGCUGCAAGAAUUCUUCAGUUUUUGCACCACGUUUGAUUUUGAGUCCAGCUCCCUCUCAGUUCGCACCGGACAGCUAGGUCCCAAACCGGACCGCUUCUCACCCCUCCAUAUGGAGAACCCCUUCCAAACCCAGCUGAACAUGUGCAAGAACGUCUCGGAGGGCUUGCUGAAGGAAAUCCAGAAGCACUCCCAGUAUGCACUGCAGAUGAUGGACGUCCCAGGGUUCCACGGUCCGGGGUCAGAGUCAGAGGUCAUACACCCCUGGGGCAUCGGCGCCUUGCUUGCCCCACUCAAAAUCCGACGGAACGGAAAGCGUUCUGCCUUGGCGAACAGUAACAUUGGGGACGUGCUGCGAGGACUGUCCCGGAAAUCACCCAAAACAGCCACGAAGAAGCAGCCGAGACACAACUCGAAUGAAAACAAUUCCACCGUAACCCUGUCCAGCACUCCACCGGAUCUGAGGGAUUUCAGGGUCAACUUAGAAGAGCAAACCGGGACUAGAACUGUGCGCGUGGAAAACAUGACAGCCCUUGACGCGAGUCUUCAAGCCGAUGGCUCAAGGACUCCGCCCGAAGAUGACAGAACGUGGAAAGUGCGUCAACUUGAUUUGGUCAACUUAUCGCACACUGCCAAGGAUGGUUGUGAACCUGCCCCUAGUGAGCAAGAUGUGGAUGACAACGAGGCUUCUGCACUAAGUAAUGGCACUUCUUACUCAGGUACAGACAGCACACAAACUGAAGUUGCGGGAAAGACGCAAAUACCAAAGCUACAGAUUACCAUCGAUAGUGUCAGAAGGCGACUGUUUGACGGGCGACACACGAAAACAACCAAAGGGAUCGUUCACUGAGUUAAUAUUUCAAUUUGAUUUUUACUAUUCAAUUUUUUUUUUU